UUCGAGUGUUCUCCAGAACUCUCCAGAACCGUUCGACAUCUCCCACUGAUUUUUCUCACAACCUCCCAGUCCCUUCCACCACCUUCUCUUCCUCUCCCAUGAAGCUCUCCACGAACCCUACUCACCCAUAUAAAUUUGAACCCCCAAACCCCGCUUCACACUCAAACCAAAAGCAUUCCAGACAACCACAAAAUUCAAAUUUCCAGAGCAACCAGAUUUUGCUUCUUUUUUCGUUGUUUUCUCGAACCAGUUAUUCAAUAGUUUCGCACUGAUUUGUUGUCCAUGGCUGCAAAGACGCAAGGCAAGGCUAUCGGCAUCGACCUCGGCACCACCUACAGCUGCGUCGGGGUGUGGCAGAACGACCGCGUUGAGAUCAUAGCCAAUGACCAGGGAAACAGGACCACCCCUUCCUAUGUCGCCUUCACCGACACGGAGCGUUUGAUCGGCGAUGCAGCCAAGAACCAGGUCGCUAUGAACCCCCAAAACACCGUUUUUGACGCCAAGAGACUCAUCGGCAGGCGGUUCUCCGACCCUUCUGUCCAGAGCGACAUGAAGCACUGGCCUUUCAAGGUCGUUGCUGGUCCUGGCGACAAGCCGAUGAUUGUGGUAAAUUACAAAGGCGAAGAGAAGCAGUUUGCGGCGGAAGAGAUAUCGUCGAUGGUGCUGACUAAGAUGAGGGAGGUUGCCGAGGCUUAUUUGGGUCACCCUUGCAACAACGCUGUGGUCACUGUACCUGCUUACUUCAAUGACUCGCAGAGGCAGGCCACAAAGGAUGCUGGCUCCAUUGCCGGGCUCAAUGUGAUGAGGAUUAUCAACGAGCCUACUGCUGCUGCCAUUGCUUACGGUCUUGACAAGAAGGGAUCCAGUACUGGCGAGAAGAAUGUUCUUAUUUUCGAUCUUGGUGGUGGGACUUUUGAUGUUUCUUUGCUCACAAUUGAGGAAGGGAUCUUCGAAGUGAAGGCUACUGCUGGUGAUACUCAUCUUGGUGGUGAGGAUUUUGACAACAGGCUUGUUAAUCACUUUGUGCAAGAGUUUAAGAGAAAGCACAAGAAGGAUAUUAGUAGCAAUGCCAGAGCUUUGAGGAGGUUGAGGACUGCGUGCGAGAGAGCGAAAAGGACCUUGUCUUCCACCGCUCAGACCACCAUUGAGAUCGAUUCGCUCUAUGAAGGUAUUGAUUUCUAUUCUACAAUUACUAGGGCGAGAUUUGAAGAGAUGAAUAUGGAUUUGUUCAGGAAGUGUAUGGAACCUGUUGAAAAGUGUUUGAGGGAUUCCAAAAUCGACAAGAGUCGAGUUGAUGAGGUUGUUUUGGUUGGUGGGUCGACGAGAAUUCCCAAAGUUCAGCAGCUUUUGCAAGAUUUCUUCAAUGGCAAGGAAUUGUGCAAGAGCAUAAACCCUGACGAAGCCGUGGCUUAUGGUGCUGCUGUUCAAGCUGCAAUUUUAACCGGCGAAGGAAAUGAGAAGGUCCAAGAUCUGUUGCUUCUUGAUGUCACUCCUCUCAGCCUUGGUCUUGAGACUGCAGGUGGUGUGAUGACCGUCUUGAUUCCGAGAAACACAACCAUUCCUACCAAGAAGGAGCAGAUCUUCUCUACCUACUCCGACAACCAGCCAGGAGUGUUAAUUCAGGUGUAUGAAGGAGAGAGGGCUAGAACCAAGGACAACAACCUCCUCGGCAAGUUUGAACUCACGGGCAUUCCUCCGGCGCCAAGAGGCGUCCCUCAGAUCAAUGUCUGCUUUGACAUUGAUGCAAAUGGUAUCUUGAAUGUGUCGGCGGAAGACAAGACUGCUGGAGUGAAGAAUAAGAUCACUAUUACCAACGACAAGGGAAGACUGAGCAAGGAAGAGAUUGAGAGAAUGGUGCAGGAGGCAGAGAGGUACAAGGCUGAAGAUGAGGAGGUGAAGAAGAAGGUAGAUGCCAAGAACUCCCUCGAGAAUUACGCAUACAACAUACAGAACGCCAUCAAGGAUGAGAAGAUCGCUGGAAAAUUAGAUCCUGCUGACAAGCAGAAGAUGGAGAAGGCCAUUGACGAGGCAAUCGAGUGGCUAGACCGGAACCAGUUGGCUGAGGUGGAGGAGUUUAAGGAUAAGCAAAAGGAGUUGGAGGGAUUGUGCAACACGAUUAUUACCAAAAUGUAUCAAGGUGCUGGUGGGGAUGUGCCAAUGGGCGGUGGUGCUCGGAUGCCUGGAGGUGGAAACGCUAGCUGUGGUGGUGGAUCAGGAGCCGGACCUUAAGAUUGAAGAGGUUGAUUAAGCUUGAAGAGGUUUCCAAGUGACGUACAGCUUGUGAACUCUGCUCUUUGUAUACUGAGUUAUCUUGAGUUAGUAGAUGCGGAAUAAUGCAGAGCUGUAGGCUGUAGCCAUAGGAAUUAUGAGAGGGUUUGUAUAAUAUUAUUACUGAUUUAUCUUUCAGCGUCUUCUAGAAUCAAAUUAAAACGUGUUUCCUCAAAUUUCAAAGAAUGUACUGAUUUAUUAGGUUUCUA